CUUUUCUUUCAGAAAUAACUUUGGCUGUCAUCCUGACUCUACUGGGACUUGCUAUUCUGAUCAUUUUACUAGCAAGAUGGACACGACGCAAGCAAAAUGACAUUGAAGUCUCAAGAUACAGUUCAGAACAAAGUGGUCUUCUAGAAUAUGAGGAUGGUAGAGCUUUUCCCUCUCAGAAAUCUAAGAGAGGAAGAGGAUUCCGACAUGCAUAUUCAACAGAGAGUGACACUUCAUAUGAUGAUCGAGGUGAUUCAAAAUGUUUAAAAGCAACUCGAGAACCUUUUUUGCAAUUCACAGCACCUAUUCCUGGAGCUACAGGACCUAUCAAGCUCUCUCAAAAAACCAUUGUGCAAACUCCAGGACCUAUUGUACAAUAUACUGGACCCAGUGCUGACACUUCAGAUACAACCACACUAUCUCCUCUGGUUAUAUUUCCAGGUUACAUGGAUGGAGAACUUGCAAAAAAAUCAGAUCCCAAAGCCCGGAUUCUAAAAAGUGGAAGCAUUACAAAGGCUCAGAGUAGCCAAGAGGAAAGCAAGAAAACAUUAAUAAAAGAAGUCACAAUUGCAGAUUCUGAGGGAUCCUUGAUAUCAAGAAGCAAAAAGGAGUCAAUAGGAAAAGCAAAAAGCACUGAGUUGGGAAAAGACAAGAUAGAAACAGAGGUCAAGGUAGAGGAGAGUGAUGCUGGAAUAUUAAAAGGAAAGGAAGCCCAAGUAAAGAAGAGUGAUACAGGAAUACUAAAAGGACCGGACUCCCAAGUAAAAAAGAGUGAUACUAGUAUACCAAAAGGACAGGAAUCCCAAGGACAGGAGAGUGAUGCUGGAAUAUUAAAAGGACAGGAAUCCCAAGCAAAGAAGAGUGAUUCCGGCAUACCAAAAGGACAGGAAUCCCAAGCAAAGAAGAGUGAUACCGGAAUACCUGAUACCGGAAUACCAAAAAAAUCGGGAUCCCAAGCAAAAAAGAGCGACACUGGAAUAUCAAAAGGACAGGAAUCCCAAGCAAAGAAGAGUGAAGCUGGAGUACCAAAAGGACAAGCAGGUAAAGCAAAGCAGGGUGAUGCCGGAAUACCAAAAGAACCAGAAGCCCAAGCAAAGGAUAAAGGAAAGAAAGGCGAUGAUGGAAAGGACAAUGUUAAAGGAAAGAAAGAAGCAGAAGUAAAGGGUAAAAAAGUAGAAGCCCCAGCAAAGGGCAAAGGCAAGUAA